CACCAGUUUAUAAUAAGUUAACUUAUUUACUGGCGUGGCGUCUGUUUUCCCAUAUGUUUCACAUUAGAGACCUCGGACACGUCUUAAUAUCAGUGUUGUACAUUUUGUAAAGACUGAAUAAUGGUGGUUAUGGAGGAAAGCCUGAGAACAAUGACCAGGGUUUUUAGGAGAGAGUGUCACAGGGUGUUGGACUCUGAGAGGACCACCAUCCAAGGGGCUGAUGGGAUGCUGAUGGUCCUACAACUUGCUAUGGCUGGGGUCAACAAGCAGGAGUAUGGGGACUUUGGUGUUGCUUUGAGUGAAGUCUUGGCUGCCUGGAAAUACUUCCUUCUGGAUAAGCUCCAGCUAUCCCACAACGAUAUCCCUCUUCCACAAAACUAUGACCUCAUUCAAAAAGAGUAUGACUGCUUUUUGAAACGUACAAAUACUGUGGACUUGAUUGACGUCUUCAUUAUGUUCAAGGAGCUUCGGAUAAAUGGGGACCCUGAGGAGCCCCUAACUGCGAUGCAACUGUUUCAGUUUCUCGUUGGUGAAAAGCAGAGUUUGGAAAAAAAGGAAUCUUUUCCUGUGUGUCCCGCAACACCUUCUAACAAGGCUGGAAUCUGCAGUCCACAGAUACAGCGAGUCAUCAGGAGAGUUUUCUGUUCUUAUUUGGGCCUUCUGGUGAACUGUAAAAAUGACCUGGCCCUUGUGUACACCCUGGACAACCCUAAUCGCUCUCUGGGCCACAUCGCCUUUACUGACCUGAGACAUGCUGCAUGCAACAAUGCCUCGUCUCUUUUCUUGACAGUGACAUCGUUUGUCAGGGCCAUACAGCUGGGAGGAAAGGGGUACGCCCCACCCGAGUCUCACCCCUUAAGGAAGCACAUAAAGGGUUUAUCGGAAUUUCUCAAUUUUGUCGACCAGUGUCAAGACAUUUUAGGAGAAACCCCCAAUCCAAGAGAAGCUGGAACCAAGCUGGUGUCUAGUAUUAGAGCUGCUUUGGUCAAAGGCCGCAGUGGUGGAGACCCAGUAUACCUUGCAGCAGAGGACACCGCCAAAAGUCUCAAGGAAAGGAUCAGUGAAAUACACACCACGCAGACGCAGUCAGUGGUUGGCACAGGAAUUAGUCCAGCCAGGCCCAAAGCAUAUGCUAUUAACCACUCUACUGCCUAUGGGGGCCGAGAGACUGUGAAGGUUCUGAUGGCCCUCUUGGAUGAAGAGGCACUAGCCCCGCCCUGCAGGAACAAGGUGGAACUGCUUUCUGAAGAUCAUGCGAUUCUUAAUGGCAGCGCUGGAGCUUGUCUUCUUACCCUGUACAAAUCUCCAGAAGCUCCUACGGGAUCUUCUCCAAAACCUUUACGGAACCGCGUCUUGAGCCAACAAGAACAUAUCAAGUCCAAGGUUGUGCGGCCAACCAUCCGCUCUCAGUUUGCGUGUACGUACAAGGACGAUGAGCUGCCCCUCAGCCGGGUGUUGGAGUUUCCAAGUGCUAGCCAACUUCCCACCUGUGCGCACCCUGCGCCCAAACGAACCAUCUCUUUACAUGCAUCUGUGGAGGAAGAGUGUGACUCCCCUGGGAUGGAUAACAGACUCAAAGAGGCCACUAACUUGAAGUGUGAAGGUCCCGGCCAAUCCGCUCUGGGGGAACAUAGUGGAAAUGCCUGGAAGCAAGCAGGUGGGAAGGGGACCCAGCCAGAACCGCUCCGAAGAGCAACCGGUACCUCGAAGAGAAAGCUUGCCAAUAGAGAGUGCGCUGAGCAUGGAAAAGAAGAGAACCAGCCCCCUCAGAAAAGACCCCCUGCUAAGGCUCCCGCUGGAGGCCUGGGGAAAAGGAGCAGUAAAUCUGCCGGCAAGAAGCUCAUUGCUGGUCAGGGCAAACUGACUGGAUUUUUCAGACUAUAAUGUACUCCAUGAGCUCUUAUUGAUGGUGAUGCUGUUUUGGCAACAAGCACAUAUUUAAUUUAUUGGUAGUAUAAAUGCAUUUAAGGGGGAUAGUUCACCUGAAACUGGUAAUUUGCACCCUCAUUUUUUCAAACCUUUUAUUGUUGCCAUGAAAUAUCCCUUUAAAUGCUUUCACUAUCCCUUUAAUAAAAACCAAUCACAUCAACUUGAGUCAGGGAACUCUUCUGCAGAUACUGACAGGGUGUAUGUGUAUAUAUUUGUUUGUGGGCAUGUUUGAGACGUAAGGGAGGAGAUUGAGUUGGCAGAGAUUGAACUUUAUCAUUUUAAUUGAUGAUUGUGUGACUGGAGUACAUUUCAUAAUGUAUGCUUUCUGUUUUCCUUAAACACGACCCAUCAUUUGCAGAUUUUAAUAAAUUUUUAUUUCCGUUCUUUAAAAUCAUACAA